CGAUCGAGAAAAAGUUAGGGUUUUGUUAUUCUUUUAUCAGAGAGAGAAGCGAAAAAGAGGUUUUGAAUCAGAGAGAGUGGCGUCUGGUUGGGUUGAAGCCGGGACGGGAAAGAGUCGUCUCCGGGGUUUCUUUUCAUCUCUGUUAACGACUAUUGGAGGAGCGUUGCUUCAGAUCACAGAAGAAGAAGAACAACAACAAGGUUCAGUAAUGGCGUCUAGAGUCUCUGAUCUUCCUCAUCAGCGCAGAAUCGCAGGCGAAAUCAAAUCGAAGAAUGUUGCAGGACAUGGGAGACAAAGCCGAAAAGUUCUUGGAGAUAUUGGGAAUCUUGUCACUGGUCGUGAUGUUGUAACCGGAAAGGACGUUGUCAAGAAGGCGAAACCGCAACAGCAGACAAAGGCUGAGGUUAUUGUCAUCAGCCCUGAUGAAAACGAGAAAAGCUGCAAACCACAUUUUAGCAGAAGGACUCAUACAAGAGGAACCAAGACUUUUACCUCAACCUUAAGAGCACGAAGCAAGGCUGCUUCGAGCGGACUGAAAGAAAACGUAAAGGAGGAUCCUGUGAUUGAUAUUGAUGCUGUGGAUGCUGACAACGAACUUGCUGCUGUGGAAUACGUAGAUGACAUCUUCAAGUAUUACAAGACUGUAGAAGAGGAAGGAGGAAUCAAAGACUACAUAGGAUCACAGCCUGAGAUAAACGAGAAGAUGAGAUCGAUUCUGAUUGAUUGGCUUGUUGACGUUCACAGGAAGUUUGAGUUGAUGCCAGAGACGCUUUACCUAACCAUUAACCUAGUUGAUCGAUUUCUAUCUUUGGCUAUGGUUCCUAGAAGAGAGCUUCAGCUGUUGGGACUAGGUGCUAUGCUUAUAGCUUGCAAGUAUGAAGAGAUUUGGGCUCCUGAGGUUAAUGACUUCGUCUGUAUCUCGGACAAUGCCUAUUGCAGGAAACAGGUUUUGGCUAUGGAGAAAUCCAUCUUAGGAAAAGUUGAAUGGUACAUCACUGUUCCAACUCCUUAUGUGUUCCUUGGUCGCUAUGUUAAAGCUUCUGUUCCAUGUGACAUUGAGAUGGAGAAACUGGUGUUCUACUUGGCUGAGCUGGGACUUAUGAAGUAUCCUAUAGUUGUCUUAAACCGUCCAUCGAUGCUGGCUGCAUCAGCGGUUUAUGCUGCGCGUCAAACCCUUGGAAAGACGCCUGUUUGGACUGAGACCUUGAAACAUCACACUGGCUACUUGGAAGAUGAGAUAAUGGAGCAUGCGGAAAUGCUGAUGAAGUUAAGGGACUCGGCUUCAGAGAGUACACUAACUGCAGUGUUCAAGAAAUACUCUGUCUCAGAAAACGCUGAAGUUGCUCUUCUUUCUUCCCUCCAAGACUAAUCCGUUUCUUGUUCAUGAAGAAUUAAGAAACAAAACUCUAGUUUUUUGUUGAUCAUGUAGCUGUAAUGAUCUCUAUGUGUUCUUCUUCUUCGCUUUUGUUUCGGUUUGGUGUAGUAUUGGAAUCUCUGUGAGAUCUUUUUUGUAUGUGUGGUUUUUUCAUUUAUCUUAAGUUUCUCUUGGAUUCCGCUGAUUUAGUUUGACUGUUUUUUUUGUGAUAUUAUCUUAUUAAUAGAUCGUGUUAAUCCUUUUGUCA